UAGUUCCACUCUUGAUCCUGCAGCCUAUUCUAAAAGGGUAGGAGAAGUCUGCUUCCUUCUUUUGCACCAGACCUGAGUUGGGUCACUGUGGUAGGUAGUCACGUCUCUGGUCUCUUAGUCGGUGGUACCUCAAUGGUCUUGGAGCUAGCCAAAUAAACCCACGUCCAACCAGAUAUCCUCAAGUUCUCUGCACUUGCAUCAAAGAUUCAGCACUUCAGUGUUGUUUACUCGGCUUCUUCACCCAACAUCCAAGUUUCCCUAUCGCUGUUCGAGGAACGCUUCCAUGGAUCAGUCAAAGUACCGCAUGGCCGGCGUGCAGGACAAGCUGGAGGUGCUGGGGGUGGAGGAUGAUGCGGGCAAUCCCAUCAGCGCCCUGACCAUCCUGUCGCUGCUGGAGCGUGUGGCAGGCAUCAUCGACAACGUCCAGGCUGGCCAGCAGCGCAUGGAGGAGCAGCAACUGGACCUGGAGACCAACAUCAAGACCAUCCAGGGUGAUGUCCUGAAGCUAGCCAAAGACCACACCACCACCAGUGGCACCGUGGAGAAGUUGCUCCAGAAGACGCGUAAGGUCAGCUCCAAUGUCAAGGAGGUGCGCACGCGGGUGGAGAAGCAGAACUUGCGUGUCAAGAAGGUGGAGACCACACAGGAGGAGCUGCUGACCAGAAACAAGUUCCGGGUCAUCAUUUAUCAGGGGGAACAUGAGAUCCCUUCGGUGGCCGUGACAAAGACCCCAAAAGGAGCUGUUGGUAUGGAGGGGUUGGUGAUCGAGCCAGACACCUACGAUGUCCCCGGGGACAUCUCCUCAGAUGAGGAAUACAUGACAGUGGACGAGACUGAAGGAGGAUCCAGAACUGCCCGCUUGAAGGCGUCAGGCAUGAAGGGCAUUGAAAGCAUCAAGCAGGCCUUCUCCAAGGAGACCAUGACCAAGACCAAGGACAACUUGGGCACCAAGUUCCACAACAUGGGCGAGAAAAUGGUGCCCCCCGAAAGACGGGAGAAGAUGCACCAGGCCAGCGAGCGCAUCAAGCACUCUGGCGAGAGGCUGAAGGAGAACAUCGCCAAGAAGGCCCCCACCAAGGAGUCCUUCCGCAUCAAGCUGAAGAAGGAGAGGACCGUGGCCGAGGGCCAGGAGGGAGCUGAGGCUGACGAGGAGGUCGAUGAGGCGGUGACCCCAGCCAAGGGAAGAAAAAGCCCGGAAGUCAGUAAAACCCCAGUAGUAACCUACACGGAGGUUGUAACGGAAAGGGAAACCAAGAGGGAGGGUCCCGUGGAGGAGCCGGCCGCCAUCCGGAUAGGGGAGGUAGGGAAAUUCACUGUGGAGGCAGUGGAAGAGGGCAAGGAGGACGAAUACGACAGGAAGUAGAUCUCCAGCAUGUUGCCGCAACACAACGAGAAGUCACCAAAAUAGGAAGUGAAGCCGGGUAGGAAGAGAGCUUGCGGUGUCUUUCAAGAGAGAUGGUCUGUGACGAAUCAACAUUGACGACAGACAAUUUACAUUAUCAAUCCGUUUAAAAAUCAAAGAGAUACUUCUGUUGAAUAUGCAGUACCAGCCAAAAGUUUGGACACGACUAUUCAUUCAAAGGUUUUUCUUUAUUUUUUACAAUUUUCUACAUUGUAGAAUAAUAGUGAAGACAUCGAAACAAUGAAAUAACAUAUAUAAAUUAUGUGAAAGUGGUUGAGAGAAUGCCCGGAGUGUGCAAAGCUGUCAUCAAGGAAAAGGGUGGCUACUUUGAAGAAUCUCAAAUAUAUAUUUUGAUUUGUUUAACACUUUUUUGGUUACUACAUGAUUCAAUAUGUGUUAUUCCAUAGUUUUGAUGUCUUCACUAUUAUUCUACAAUGUAGAAAAUAGUAAAGAUAAAGAAAAAUCCUUGAAUGAGUAGGUGUGUCCACACUUUUGACUGGUACUGACCAGUCGACAGAGGAAAAAGUUCUGUGACUGACCUGAAUGUGUUUCUGGGGAGUCAGAUGUUGGUAGGUUAGUGACCCGCUGUCACGUGUCAUUGAAAUGGGCUGUUAUUAUUUUCAACUUUGGAAUGAUUUUUAACGAUAUGGGUUGUAAAAUGUACGUGGACACAUUCACACAAGAACACAGAGAAAUGUGUAAAAUGUAACAUUAACAUGGAAAGACAUAUUGGGAUGAAUUCAGGUCAGGGGUUGUUUGGGGCAACAGUACAUAAGUAUUGGGCACAUUGGUAACUACUGUACAUGAACUGCUAUGUUGCUUUUGGCGUUACAGUUAAGUACACACAAAAACAAAUUGUUCCCAGAUGUUUGGUUGCUAAUCGAUUUCUUUGACUAGUCAAGAAAAAAUGCUCGCAAGUUAGAAAUUAAUGGGAAAAGAGUUUAACUGAAAGGAGAAAAGAGAGAUUGCAAGGUACCUUUGAGGUGAUUCUGAAGGUUGAGGAAGUUUGCGUAUGAUAUUGAUCUUGAAUCCGAAUGUAAAAUGUUGUACAUAGCAUAACCGUAAUCAUGAUAUUGGUCAACACAGAUCUCAGCUGGCCUCUGAAGAGUUUGAAAAAGUCAAGCUAUACAGAUAUAAAACUACUGUAUAUACAUAUGAAUGACAGAUUGGGUUCUGUGAGUUUCAAAAUCCAACAAGGAUUGGCCAGUUGGUUACAAUGGGUUCAAUGGCAAGGUUACAGACAAGAUGCAGUAGGUAACUUUUAAUUUAGCCAUUAACAAGCAGACGCAUCGUAAUAACAGUUGAAGAUUAUGUUGAAUCAAAAUGUAUCCAUAUGGUCGAAAAGCACACUAACUAUUUAGCCUGGAAUAAAAUGCAUUUCUAUUACAAGAGGUCAUGCAAAGCUUGAGAGUUAAAUGUCAUCUUUCAACUGAACUAUGGGCUGUGAAUUGAAUUUGGUCUGAAGAUAACUAGAUCGUAGUGUGUAUGAUUGUGUAGUGUACUAGUGUUAGGAAAAUUAAAAUAUAUAUUUGAGGAAAGCAUUAAGUCAUGUAAAUGGCUUUAGGGGUACCUGUAACAUUUAUUUAUUAGAAUAUAUAGAAUAUAUAUAUAUAUAUAUAUGUAGAAGGUUUAGAUCAUUUAUGGCACUAGAAGGUUUUGAGCACGGAUGUAAUUCUGUGCAACAAUAUAAGGACUUUGACAGAAAAGGUGUAUAAAGAUUACAAAGCAACCUAAUAUUUCAAAGUCAUUUUUUUCUGAAUACAGUUUACAGCAUGUUUAUGCCCUUCUUUUGAUCAACGAGAGGUGCAUUGCUUUCAUUUGUUAUGCUAAUAAUGGCAUCAACUAUCCAAAGGGCAAUGUACAUUCUGCUGUGCUCACAUAUCUG